AAAAAAAAAAACUCCAUAGAGAGGAGAAUAUGGCUUCAGCGUCUUCAGUUUCUGGUCCUCAAAAAUCUUCAACCUAUGAUGAGUUCUUCAUGCAGCAGAGCUUUCACUUUGCGGAUACUCUGAAGGAUUUGAAGAACUUGAGGAAACAAUUGUACUCGGCUGCAGAAUUUUUUGAAAUAUCUUACAGCAAAGAGGCCCAGAAACGAAAACUGGUGGAGGGUGUGAAAGAUUAUGCCAUCAAAGCUUUGAUCAAUACUGUGGACCACCUGGGUUCCGUAGCAUUUAAAGUCAACAAUCUUUUUGAUGAAAAGAUUGGUGAAGCUUCUGAAACAGGACUCCGGUUGACUUGCCUGGAACAGAGAUUAAAGUCAUGCCAAGAGUUUAUCAAUGGAGAAGGGCUUUCGCAGCAAUCAUUGCUGAUAAUAACUCCCAAGUACCAUAAACGUUACAUCUUCCCAGAUGAAGAGACCACUGAUGAUCUUGGCCUUGGCCAGAACCCAUCAAGCUGUGAAAACAGCAGCGUGAGUGCUGAAGAGGAUUCAACUCAGCUUAAAAUUGCUGCUCGAGUAACAACUACAGAGAGCCCUUCAACAUAUCUCAGAGAAGUGCAGUACACAUUGCAAUCUCCACAGCCUUCCUCGAGACAAGGAACGUUCUCUUUCACAAGAAUUUCACGCAGCAAAACGCCAGAGAGACGAGCAGCCUCUCCACUUCACUUUCCAUUUGCUCGUUCAGGGUCUCUUCUUAAGAGAUCUCCCUCUCCAAGCCAUUCUCAUGCCAAACGGCGGUAUCCAUCAGAGCAUUGGAGAACGGUUUCAUCAUCUACAUUUGCUGAAAGAAACAGGAGCAAAGAUUUAGAGAAAAAUUCUGGGAAAAGCAAACGCCUCUUCAAGGCCUUACUCAGCUUGCGCAAGUCCAGAAAAGAUGAUGGCACAUUAUACAAAUUCUUAGAUGAAAACUGAAAGGAUGGAGAAGAGUAGUAGUUUCAGUUCAGUUUUAUUAUUAUUGGUGAUCUUUUGUAAACUAGUGAAUUGUGUUUCACUAGUGC